UUCCAAUUGUCCAUCAUUUCAGUUAAUAACAGGAUACUUCUUGGGAUGGAUGCUCAAACGGCAUGCUAACAUGCUAAAUGUUUGCAUGUUUAUCACCUUUCAAUGAUGAGCUUCGACCACAAAAGAGAAGCAUGAGGCCAGACGUAACACUAUCAGGAACUGUACUAUCGGGUCUCCUCAAUGUCACUCAGAGAAUAUUUGAGACAUGAUGCUGAAUCCCUCUAAUGGAAAGGAGGAGUUGUGACCCAUCCAGUUCAGCGGUGUGGCAGUAGCUGUGGGGUCACUGACAUCGUGCUGUCAAGAGCUUUUGAAUGUAAUUUAAUACUUAAAAAUCUAAUGUUAUUCUCAAGUGGGUUAGCAUAGCUCACAGUUGUCUUCUGUAAAUUAAGUCCACUUCUUUAUUAGACUCAGUUUUACCUGUGCAAUUAUAUUUUUCCGAUAUAAUAAUUGAAUACAAGAACAGUUGUAAAUGAGUGAAUAAGAGUUAUUUUAUGUAGUUAUGCCUUAGAACAGCUGCACUGUGAGAGAGUCAAGCACAUGAGUCACACGGUGGAAUAUUCUUGAUUUGAUGUUUGUUUUGCAUAUUUAUUAGUCGCUGUGCUUUAAUCAGUUUUCUCUGAAAUAUGGUUUGUAGACGGUAGUUAUUAUUAUUUUAAUUAUCAUUCAUUUCAUUUAGUAUUUUAUAUGUAUUAAUUUUGUUUCAUUCAUGUUUUUUUUGUUUAUUCAUUUAUUAUUGACUGACUGACUGACUGAAUGAAUAAAUGUGAAAUGGCCUAUCACGUUCUUCAGAACGGUGCUUUUAUUUUGAAGUCAGCUCUUACUGUAAUAAAGAUAUACAGGUACCACAAAACAACAAGUGGGCUGGCCUGACUGUGUUUUUCAACUCGAGGCUUGACUGAAGUUCAACUCCACGGAGAGAAGCCACAGAAAGGAAGAAACACUGGGAACACAGGGACAAAAUGGCUUCCAGAUCAGAGGAGGAUCACUGUUGUCCUGUCUGCUAUGAAAUCUUUAAAGAUCCUGUCCUCCUGUCAUGCAGCCACAGCUUCUGUAAAGACUGUCUUCAGACACGGUGGAGAGAGAAACAAACACAAGACUGUCCAGUUUGUAAGAGGAGAUCUUCAAAGUUGGAGCCUCCAUGUAACCUGGCUUUAAAGAACCUGUGUGAGGCCUUCUUACUGGAGAGAGAUCAGAGAGCUUCAGAGGCUCUCUGCAGUCUGCACUCUGAGAAACUCAAACUCUUCUGUCUGGACCAUCAGCAGCCAGUGUGUCUCGUUUGCAAAGAAUCAAGGAUACAUACUGACCACAGAUUCAAACCCAUCGAUGAAGCUGCUCAGGAUCACAAACAGGAGCUCCAGAAAUUCCUGAAGCCCAUUCAGGAGAAACUGGAGCUCUUUAAACAAGUUAAAGGAAACUGUGAUCAAACAGCAGAACACAUGAAAGUCCAGGCCCGACACACAGAGAGGAAGAUUAAGGAGCAGUUUAAGAAGCUUCACCAGUUUCUAGAAAAGGAAGAGGAGGCCAGGAUCUCUGCUCUGAGGGAGGAAGAGGAGCAGAAGAGUCAGAUGAUGAAGGAGAAGAUGGAGGCUCUGAGCAGAGAGAUAGCAGCUCUUUCAGACACAUUCAGAGCCACAGAGGAGGAGCUGAGAGCUGAAGACGUCUCAUUCCUGCACAACUACAAGGCUGCAGUGGAAAGAGUCCAGCAGCGCCCCCUGCUGGAGGAUCCACAGCUGCUCUCAGGAGCUCUGAUAGACGAGGCCAAACACCUGGGCAACCUGACCUUCAACAUCUGGAACAAGAUGAAGAACAUGGUCUCCUACAUGCCUCUGAUUCUGGAUCCAAACACUGCUUAUCCAUCAUUCAUCCUGUCUGAAGAUCUGACCAGUGUGAGUUUUGGAGAGAAACAGCAGCUUCCUGAUAAUCCAGAGAGGUUUGAUCAUCAUUGCGUUGUCCUUGGUUCAGAGGGAUUUAACUCUGGGACUCACGGCUGGGACUUUGAGGUUGGAAAUGAUAAUUCCUGGACCCUAGGUGUGAUAAAAGAGUCUGUCCAGAGAAAGGGAAAAAUACCGACUGGAUUCUGGGAAAUAUAUCUCCAUGAUGGAAAGUACAGAGCAUCCUCCUCAUCACUCUCAAAAACCGUUCUCUCAGUGAAGAAGCAGCUCCGGAGGAUCAGAGUUCAUCUGGACUUUGACAAAGGAAAACUGUCUUUCUAUGAUCUUGAUACUAACACAAACAUACACACCUUCACACACACAUUCACUGAGAGACUGUUUCCAUACGUUGCCGCUCAGAAUAAACUCCCACUGAAGAUAUUACCAAUGAAGGUCUCUAUCAACAGGCUUAUGGCCUAGUUACUAAAUGCAUUAGCUAAGCAUGCUAUAUAGCAUUAUUUUCAGGUUGAGUAAGGCUACUCAGAAAUGCCAUCCUGCAUGUCAGUGAUACUAUACAUGUUCUACGAGUUUAUAUGAAACAGAAAAAAUAUCUAUAUAUGACUGAACAGAGGAGUGUCAGUGUUUCAGGAACAUAAGAACCAUGUUGAGGCACAAUCUGAACAUUAGUUCUGUCAGAACAUUUACUGAUAGUCUUAAAUGAAAAAAACAUACUUUAAAUUAUCUGAUGUUGAAUAUUUGCUGCCAAUAUUGAUAUAUAUUGGCAGAUAUAAUUGUGUACAUAAAUACAUAAUAUAAACAAACAUUGAGUUAUUAUUUCUGAUUUAUUAAUUACUUUUAAAGUCUUUUUUGGGGGAGGAAUAUGUCUCAUUGUAAGUAAUCAUUAUAUAAUCUUUUGUCAGUCAGUUGAUGAUUUUAAAUAUCAUGCUUUUAUUGUUUUUAUUUCAUUCUGCACUGUCUAUCAUUGUGUAAGCAGAGGAACUACUUUCUUUCGAAAUUGUGAUUUUGAUGUAAACUGUACAUUUCUGAUUAUGUUCUGAUCGCUUUGAACCAAUUUGAAUUAUUAUUGUAAAAUUAAUAAACAAUCAAAU